UCGAACGAGCAUAGGCUCCAGGUGUUUGCGAUACAGUAUGGAUAGGAUCAAGGAGCGACUCGCAUCCCUUAAGGCUGAAGCUGAUGCUGCGGUUGAACGCGCUGAGGCCGCAGAAGCAAAAGUCAAGACGGUCGAGCAAACGCUUUUGUCGAGGGAGCAAGAUGUCACAUCCCUCCAGCAUAGGCUGAGCGUUGCAGAAAGCGAUCUCGAUAAGGCAGAGUCCAAAUUGGCGGAAUUCAAGCGUCUAGGAGCCGAAGGCGAGUCAAGUCGAACAACUGCGGAGGCUCUGCAACGGAAAAUACAGCUUCUCGAGGAAGAGUUGGAUAACGCAGAAAAGACGGUCAAGGAAACGGUGGAGAAACUGAGGCAGGUAGAUAUCAAAGCGGAACAUUUUGAGCGGCAAGUUCAACGUGUAGAACAAGAGCGCGACCAAUGGGAGAAGAAAUACGAGGAUAUGAAGAUAAAGCACGAUCAAUCAAAGAAAGAAUUGGACGAGCUCGUCCUGAACAUGGAGUCGAUCUGAGGGGAAGCUCUAUCCCGUCGUUUCAUAACGCUUCUUCAUUCCAUUUCAGUAUUAAUGUGUUUCCCCACUCUUUUUGCUCGCUAUUCUCUCUUUCACUUCACAUAAAAAAUCAUUAGUCCCCGAUUCAAUCAGUCAAUAGCAUUCGCUCAUCGCAAACAUGUCUGUUGAUCUUUGCAGCAUGCCUGUGGCCAGUUAUCAUUGUGCUACAUAAUUACAACCAUGCCGUGAGCAUGAAAUACGGUUGAGAGAUUAAAGCUGCAUAGAAUGGGGCGCAAAUCGCGCAGAGACGCGUACCCGAGCACCCGGGUUAAUCUUAUUUAUCUGGGUUCCCCGCGGCCACGGGUG